UAACAAUGCGCUUUGUAGUUUAUAUUAUUGUGUUGUUAAUAUCUUUGAAAUGGACGAGGAUUGAUGGGUGCACACAUCCUCCAGACGAAUUGUACACAACCCAAUUUGUGAGCGUUGAGACAGAGUUUCAGCUGAACAGAUCAACCAGCGACUCAUUGGAAGGUUCUACUUUAUAUAUGAUUUACGAAUGGGAUGUCGUACAGAGGAGACGAUUCGUCUACGACGGCUUCCUAUACAAAUUCUUGGAUAGAGACUCGAAAGAAAUGGAGGACGGGGAUACUUUCAGGGAUUUAUUCAAAAUAGAUUACGACCCAAAUGCUUGCGUGGGACUAAACAGCACACUCUGGUAUAAAAAAGACGAAGAUACGGAUUCUGUCCAAUGCACGAUACCUUGCAAAGAGUAUUUCCCACCGGUUUGCAAUUAUAGCAAAGUUUGCAGUUAUUUACGAGAAGGAUAUAAGAUACUUAGACCGGACACAAAAAGACUUGAACUGCCAGUGCAAUACGGACGGAUAUAUGAUUUGAGUUUGAUGGUUUACAGAAAUUGGCACACGGGUGAAAACUACUUCUUGGGAGGCCGAGAACUCGUUCCGUAUUGCAAACAUGAGCUGAUAAUUAGUCAAAAUAUCUCAAAUGAUGAAGCUUACGAUUUUUGCGGAGACAAAAUGAAUUUUCCAGAAUCUGCUCGACUUUCCGGUCCUCCCGCUCAUUUUGAAAAAUACAAAGUGACACGUGACUUGGAAACCAAUCGUGGGACUGUAACGUUUCGUUGGAAAGAACCAUAUGAUAUGUCACCAAACGCUACAUUAGAAGGAUUCCAUCUCUAUGUCGGUAACGGAAAAGUCCCCGUGAGAAAUAUUAAACCCAAAACACCAGGCCGGCGAAGCGAUGAUUAUUAUAACACCACUAUAGAGGGCAUCGAGUUUGGCAGGAUCGCUUAUAUUCUAGUAAGUCCGAUGCUGGAUGAGCCCAACUGCACAAGAAUGUGUGGAGGGUACGGAUUUGGAGAAAAAGACUACUUCAAAGUUGAAGAUAUCAAUGGCUGUGCUCAUGGCAUCACGUUGGAGGGAUAUUGCGACGACAAAGCAAAGUGCAUCGACCUUCCAAGUAACAGUUCGGCACCUGCUAACUGUACUUGUCCUGAGGGUUAUGGCGGGAACGGAAUUUCAACCAAAUUUGAAAAUGGUACCGGUUGCUAUGACAACUAUGACGCAUGUUCAUUAAGUAAUGAAAAUCAUACAUGUGAUCAUGAUGCUCUGUGCUUUGAUUGGCCUCCUCCAUAUAGGAAUGCCUCGUGCCGGUGCCCAACAUUCUACAUCGGUGAUGGUUACCGUUCUGGAACUGGUUGUUCUCAUCGUAACCUAAUUAUCGGUCUAGCUGUAGGAAUUCCAUUGCUGGUGAUCCUACUUGUCCUCAUAGGAUGCAUUCUAUGGAGAUCGAAACGAACUCCGAAACCAAGAAGCAACAGAUUCCACGACGAAGACUUGUGAUAUCGAUGGAUGAGUAUAUGGGACACACACACACGGGGCAGAGAAAUAGUUUUAUCUCCGUGAAUAGUUAAUAUUUAUUGCAAUUUUUAUGAUAAUUCGCAGGACAGCGAUGCUCAAAUAUAUGGACACGAAAAUAAACUAGUACUGUUAUCUAAUCUUUCGCAUAACCGGUACGAUACGGUAGUCAUCCCGACUUCAGGUGACCACCAGGACACAACAAUCGUGUACACAAACGCGAAACCGCCAUAAGAUGCGCACUAGUUAAUUUUGAUGACGUCAUCACACAAAAAACUAUCAGGAAAAAAAAAACUCACGCGCACUUACAUGAAAAAUAUUGCUGUCUUCAAAUAAUACUCAAUUUUGUGAUCGUUGUUAUGUAUUUUAGGCUUUUUAAAGUUUGUAAACAUGCAUGCCUAAAGUCAAUAACAUUUACGGCUACUGCUAUGAACACACCUUUUCAAAUAUUCAUAUUUUCGUUAAGUACAACACAAUUCUGGUUAUUUUCGGGACGCAUUUAGCAAAACGCGUUUUGAUUUGUGAAUAGCUGGCUUAAGGGAAGGAAAUUCUGCUACUCUUUUUUUCUGCUUUUUAGUAAUUUGCCCCAAAUUUUUGUUGGAAUUAAAAUAAAUUAUCAUUCUUCGAAUAAAUAAUUAUUAUACGUAAUGAAUUUUAGAGUUUAUUGUGCAUAAAAACGGAAUUUCUGUAUUAAAGUUUUGCGCAUUUCCUCGCCCAUAGUAUGUUGAAAGUAUUCGCUCAUACCUGCAGAGUAAGCUUCUUGUUGUCGUUGGGGUGAUUGUUGUUGUAAGGUCAAAAUCGCUCUUUAGUGAAUCUUUGACGCUUUACACAAAAGUUAUGCA